AAAAUUUUGAAAUUUUAAUGAAUUUUUUUUUCCUUAGGAUCAACGCUGUCAGUACUGCAGGAAGGUCUGUAGAAGAAGUUUUUAAAAAAAUGGCACGACAGCUUAAGCAUUGUUAAAAAGAAAGAGAGCAAUCGAUUGAAAUCAAUGAGAGAAACUGGUGGUGGACCACCAUUGGAAGUCAUAUUUAAGCAAUGGGAGUUGUCAAUUUUACAGACACUUUCACCAACCGCAAUAUCAGGAAUUCCUGGUGCUGUCGAUACAAGUGAAGAAAGUGUUCCAUCAGUGCAAGCUGUUCCAUCAGACAUCAACAACAAUGACAGUGUGGAAGAAACAACAGUGUACAUUUGUGAAUCCGGGCCCAGCUAUGAAGAUAAUGCAUUAGGAGACCCAACUACAGAAUCAAAUGUUCCACAUAUUUCAAGCGGAAAAAAGAAUAAAAGGACAAUGGAUAAUGAAUUCUGUGAGGACAUUUUGAAAUUGAAGAGAGAGAAAUUGGAAAAUGAGAAGAUGUAUCAUGAAAAAAUCAUACAAUUAGAACAAACAAAAAUUUAACUAUUGUGUGAAAUUCGAACUCACUCAAAUCAAUUGAAAAACAUUUAAGAAACGACUCGCCCAUUUCUGUAUCACCAAUCAUAUCAUUGGAACAUUUUUAAUACAUAUUCACAUAAAUGAUUGCAUAGCAUACAACAGUAAGUUAUGUUAUGUAUAAUCAUAAAAUGUCAUUUAUAUACUUGUAGGAAUGAGUGUAGGUUGUAAAUUUAAAAUUUAACGGAAACAAAUUUGAAAUAUGUACCAUGAACAAUGUCUUGAAUUAAAGUUAAUAUAUUUGAAUUAUUUUGUGAUAUAUCAAAUACACUGUAAUAAAUAAAUCAACAUGUAAUAAACUGAUCAUCCCAUUAUUUAUCACCAUCUACAUCAUUAAAAAUCUACUAACCGAUGUAGAUAUAAAUGAUUGCAUAAUAUUUAAAAGAAACAUUUACAUUUCCAGUUGAAAAUAUAGUUAUAAUCAUUAACAAGCUGUAACAUCAAUGUUUACAAUGUUAAUGAAAUAUGUGUCGAGAGAAAUA